AGGGGGGUGGGGCGGGGGGAGCCUUCCCCUGAUGUUCCCCCAACUCAGGUGCUGGACCUGCUGGAGCCGUCCCAGCAGGACCUGCCGAUCCGGGAGGACCGGGACCAGAACAUCCUGAUCCCGGGGCUGACUGAGCGGGAGCUGAGAAGCUUCAGGGACUUUGUGCGGCACUUCCUGCCGGCCAGCCGCAACCGCACGGGAGCCUCCACUCAGCUCAAGGACCGCUCGAGCCGCAGCCACGCCGUGCUGCUGGUGUGGGUGGCACGGAGCCAGCGGGCGCCCCCCCACUGCCGCCACGUGGCCAAGCUCUGUCUCGUUGACCUGGCUGGCUCCGAGGACAACCGGUGCACUGGCAACCGUGGCCUGCGGCUCAAGGAGAGUGGAGCCAUCAAUGCCUCCCUGCACGUGCUCAGCAAGGUCGUGGAGACCCUCAACCAGGGGCUGCCCUAG